CAGGACUAUCUGACAUCCCAAGCACGUAGCUUUAGUUGUAUAAAACCGGUUCUAACAUUCCUGUCACAGACACAACUUCUCAUACAGAUGAGGAAGAGACAGUGUGGCACAAGGUUUCAUCAAAGACACACUAUGAGGAUGAAAGGAUGUGUUUUUCUUUUUGUGAGCAUGGCAAUUUCAGAAGCAUUCUCCUUGAAUCCAACUGGACCAGAUAUAGUGGAUGUUGCUGAAGAAAAGGACAUUCCAGAAAUAAACAAAGAAUUUUUAAAUGAUGAUAUUUUGGAGCCUACAAACAUGCAGAAGAGUACCAUUAUUGAUGAAAACAUCCUAUGGAAAUCCCCAGUCCCCUAUGUGUUGAAUAACGACCUUGACAUUAAUUCUAAAGGAGUCAUUCUGAGGGCCUUUGACCAAUUCAGGUUGAAAUCAUGCAUUGAUUUCAAACCAAGGGACUCUGAGGAUGAUUACAUUUCUGUCAAACAGUUAGACGGAUGUUGGUCAUACAUCGGGCAGGUAAUUUCCAAUGGACAGGAACUCUCCAUUGGAAGAGGCUGUGGUUCCAUUGCCAUUGUUGAACAUGAGUUCCUUCAUGCUCUUGGCUUCUACCAUGAACAGUCCAGAUAUGACAGAAAUGAUUAUGUGACGAUUCAAUUUGAAAACAUCCUAGAAGAUAAAAAGAACAACUUUAGAAUAGUUGGCAGUAAUGAGAGCACCACCCACGGAGUCCCAUAUGACUAUUUGUCAGUGAUGCACUAUGCCAAAGAUGCUUUCACCAAUGGCAAUGGAUCUACAAUUAUCACCAAAGACCCUAAUUUCCAGAAUCUGAUUGGUCAACGAUUGGAAAUGAGCGCUAGUGAUGUUCAGGAGCUGAAUCUACUCUACAAAUGCAACACAUCCAUUGCCUUUAAGAUGUACUGUGGCUUUACCAAUGGGACCAUGUGUCAGAUGAACCGCUGUUCAAAGAGUGGCAAUGGUUGGGAAAUGGUAACAGGUGUUUAUGGGGGUCCCAGCUCUGACCACACCAAUCUGCCCAAUGGAAAUGGUAAUCAAGGUCAGGAUGCAGGUUACUUCAUGUAUGCUAGCACAGAAUCAGUUCAGGAGGGUGACUCAGCCUGGCUGGAGACAAAGAGGAUGAGUCCUCAGAGGGAGUGUCAUGUCCAGUGUCUGCAGUUCUACUAUUACCACAAUGGGAGCAAGUCAGAUGAACUUAACAUCUGGAUCAGAGAGUUUCAAGAUGAACGGGACUCCACAGGAACACUCUACCUCAUGGGACAGAUCACUGGUCCACCAACAUCUCACUGGACUCUCCACCAUGUUCCUCUGAAUGCCACCAAGCAGUUCCAGGUGGAGUUUGAGGUUCGUAAAGGAGCAGGAAACUCUACAGGCGGCUUCUCUAUUGAUGACAUCAAUCUUUCAGAGCUCGAGUGUCCAGAUGGAACCUGGCAGAUUAAUAAUUUUGAGAGGCUUUUGAACACUACUGAUACUCCGGCCCUGAUAUAUAGCCCAAGGCAGUAUUCUAGUGAGGGCUAUGCUUACCGGGUAGCGUUAAAUCCCCGCCAGACAGAUUUUGGAGUAUAUGUGCAACUUGUCUCUGGUGUCUAUGAUGACCAACUGAAAUGGCCUUGCCCACAAAGGCAAUUUACUGUCCAAAUGGUGGAUCAGAACCCCAACAUCCAGCUACAGAUGUCAAGGCAAAUAAGUAUCACCACUGACCCAAAUCUGCUGUACAAUGGAGUACUAAUUUGGGGCAAACCUCGUGAGGUUGGAAGUCAAAUUGUUGACAAGAACAAUGAGAUCAUCUAUGUUAAUACCCUAUAUGGUUAUAAAAAUUUUGCAUCUUUGGAAGACAUCCAAUCCAGAGAUUACCUCAAGGGAGAGAGUGCAAUUUUCAUCUUCAAUUUACAAGAUCUCACUCCUCUACUUAAUGGAAGUUCGCUGCCAUGUCCUCAAGUGAAAUCAGUGAGCAUUACAAGUGCUCCCACAGACCAGGAUAAAGGACCUUGCUCAUCCAGGACCUCACCCACCACACUUCCAUCUCUAAACACAACAGAUGACAGGAUCUCAUCCAUCACAAUUCCAACUCCAGAAAUAACAAACCAUAACAGAACCUCACCCACCACACUUCCAUCUCUAAACACAACAGAUGACAGGAUCUCAUCCACCACAAUUCCAACUCCAGAAAUAACAAACCAUAACAGAACUUCACCCACUGCAAUUCCAAUUCUAAACACAACAGAUGACAGGACCUCACCCACCACACUUCCAUCUCUAAACACAACAGAUGACAGGAUCUCAUCCACCACAAUUCCAACUCCAGAAAUAACAAACCAUAACAGAACCUCACCCACUGCAAUUCCAAUUCUAAACACAACAGAUGACAGGACCUCACCCACCACACUUCCAUCUCUAAACACAACAGAUGACAGGAUCUCAUCCACCACAAUUCCAACUCCAGAAAUAACAAACCAUAACAGAACCUCACCCACUGCAAUUCCAAUUCUAAACACAACAGAUGACAGGACCUCACCCACCACACUUCCAUCUCUAAACACAACAUAUGACAGGAUCUCAUCCACCACAAUUCCAACUCCAGAAAUAACAAACCAUAACAGAACCUCACCCACUGCAAUUCCAAUUCUAAACACAACAGAUGACAGGACCUCACCCACCACACUUCCAUCUCUAAACACAACAUAUGACAGGACCUCACCCACUACAAUUCCCACUCCAGAAACAACAGAUGACAGCAUUUUUUGCUUUUCUCCUGGUAUGGUGGCCUCUCCGGUUCUCACCCUCCUGCUAGCACUGAUGCUUCUGAUACCUUGAUGUGUAUUUCAUCUGCAUCUGGACUCUUUACAUGGAUGACACCAAUGACUCUUUCAGAUAUUUUUCUUGUUUUACAACUGUAUGACCUGAAAAUUUAUAUCCAUUCCUGUUUGAUUUAUUAUAGAUGUUCAUAAUUCAUGUUCAUGAUUUUUCAUGAUUUUUUUGGUGUUACAACAGUUUUGGGUUUUUUGGGGUUUUUUGUUUGUUUGUUUUUUAUUUUGGUUGUUUUUAUAAUAAUCAUUGCAACAAUAUUUUUGUUUUGUGUCCACAAUAAAGAGAAUGCAAACAAAAAGUUAAAUGAUAAGUACUUAAAAUAUAUUAUAGUUUUAAACUCUAAUAUUUGUGUGCUGUACGCUCAUUUGAUAGUUUUGUUUACUGCAAUUUUCAACCACGAGAAAUCCACAUAGUUACACAGAGUUUGAAGUUAUUAAAAUGCAGUGAAAGAAAAUUUUCUACUAUAACUACUAGCCACAGUGUGCUUUCUCAGAUGCUGGUGUACUGAUGUUUAACAAAAAAUAAAAUUUAUAAUCUUUAAAACAAAAA